CUCAACAAAUAUAAACACACUACUACUUCCUCAGCUUUUGUUUUAAAGAUUUCCCGGUACACAAACAAAUGGCUCCAAGAAUUGCUCUUGCACUCUUCCUUUCUCUGAACUUCCUCUUCUUCACUCACACUUCUGCUCUGGGCACUUGUCCAAGAGAUACCCUGCAGAUUGGUCUUUGCGCUAAUGCUCUCAAUGUAGUUAACAUAAUAUUGGGAUACUCACCUGUAAAGCCAUGCUGCUCAUUAAUUGAUGGCUUGGUUGACCUUGAGGCUGCAGCCUGUCUCUGUACCGCACUCAAGGUUAACAUUCUUGGCAUCAAGCUUAACCUUCCCAUCUAUGUCAACGCACUCCUCAAUAAUUGUGGCCAUAUAACUCCGACAUUAUACCCAUGCGUCUAAGUUGUAUACUUAUCACAUAUAUAUUAAGAGAUGCCUAAACCACAAACAGAUCGUAUGAUUUCAAAUGCUUGAACUUAUUGUCUUGCUUUCCUAUUUCUUUUAAUCAGUGAUUGCUUUUGUGUUUGUAAUUUUCUUGGAUUUAAAAUAAAUGAUGAACGUCACGUUCUCAUGCAACAAGGGAUUAUGGAUUUGUGUGUGUAAUCGGCAAGUUCGUCCCCUUUUGCUUCACUGUUCCUUCUUAUCUUCGUUGUAACGUGUCUUUUGAAUUUGAUUAAUAAAACUAUCAAUCGGUGUUGUCUA